CACGCAUGCGCAGAAACAGUGCCUGUCGCCUACUUUCAUUUUUACCCUGCGCAGAUUGUGCAGCCGCUUUUAGCUUCACACAAGAAACUCACACAACGACACAACAACCAUAGCAACUUCCACCAUCAGGUCGCGUUCGAGGGAUCGUUGAGCCGGAAGGUUUCGUUUCAACCUGCUCGACAAGAGGAAGAAAGAGGAAACGAAACGUAAACAAGACGUUGAGCUAACUGCGGCAACAAUGUUCUGACAACUCAGGCUAAUCUCGUCUGGAGGCAGACUUCUUCUGUUGCCCUGUGGCUGCAGCAGACCUUGCACCUCAGUAUGGAGCGGGGGGCGCUCAGGCAGAACCAGGUCUGUGGCUCCUGGGAGAUGAAGGAGCGGCUCGGGAUGGGAGGCUUUGGGCACGUCUACCUGUACCAGCACCUUGAGCUGGGAGAGAAGAUCGCUGUGAAACUUUGCCGCCUGGAGCUGAACGCCAAGAACAAGGACCGCUGGAGCAGAGAGAUCCAGAUCAUGAAGAAACUGAACCAUGUGAACGUUGUUCAGGCCAGAGAAGUACCAGAGGAGUUUAGCUCCAUUGCUCUAAAUGACCUACCUCUUUUGGCCAUGGAGUACUGCUCCAGAGGAGACCUACGCAAGGUGUUGAAUAAACCAGAAAACUGUUGUGGGCUUAAGGAGAGUGAAGUCCUCUCACUGCUCACUGACAUUGGUUCAGGUAUCCAGUAUCUGCAUGAAAACAAGAUCAUCCAUAGAGACCUAAAGCCAGAGAACAUAGUUCUUCAGGAGGUUGGUGGAAAGCUUGUCCAUAAAAUCAUAGACCUGGGUUAUGCAAAAGAUCUCGAUCAGGGCAGUCUCUGUACAUCCUUUGUUGGAACUCUCCAGUAUCUGGCUCCAGAGCUGUUUGAGAGCAAACCCUACACUGUAACUGUCGACUAUUGGAGCUUUGGCACCGUGAUCUUCGAAUGCGCUUGUGGCUUUCGCCCCUUCUUACACCACAUGCAACCUGUACAGUGGACAAGUAAAGUGAAGAGCAAAGGUCCCAACGACAUCAUGGCAGUAGAGGACAUGAAUGGAGAAGUCCGAUUUUCUGCACAGCUCCCAUAUCCCAACAAUCUCAGCAGGCCAAUUCUCGAGCCAGUUGAGUCUCUACUACAGAUGUUGUUACUGUGGGACCCUGCAACACGUGGUGGGGGGCUGGAUCCUGACACAAACAAACCCAACUGCUACACCACUCUUCAGAAUAUUCUCAACAUGAAGGUGAUUCAUGUGUUGGACAUGACGUCAGCCCAGCUGCACUCCUUGGUUUUGGGAGCCGAGGAGGGUUUACACUCCCUGCAGCUUCGACUGGAGACAAACACGCAGACACACAUUGCCCCUCUAAGUCAAGAGCUGCUGAUGGAGACGGGAAUCUCCCUCGACCCGCGCAGACCGCCCGCACACUGUCUGCCAGACGGAUUGAGAGGCUUGGACUGCUCCAUAGUCUUCCUGUUCGAUAAGAACCUGACCAAGUACUCUGGACCACUGACUGCCAGACCUCUGCCAGACAGUGUCAACUUUAUAGUGAGGGAGACGAAGACUCAGCUCCCUCUGUCUGCACUGAGGAAAGUGUGGGGAGAAGCAGUCAGCUACAUCUGCGGGCUGAAAGAGGACUACAUCCGCCUGUACCAGGGACAGAAGGCUGCCAUGCUGAGUCUGCUGCGUUUCAACACCAACCUAACUCGGUACAAGAACCAGCUGUUCUCCCAGUCGCAGCAGCUCCGAGCCAAACUAGCUUUCUUUAAGACCAGCAUCCAGCACGACCUCGAGCAAUACACCAAGCAGAGGACCACAGGCAUCUCUUCAGAAAAAAUGCUGAAGACGUGGCAGGAAAACGACGAGAAGGCUGAAAGUUUCACAAAGGUUGCAGAUGUAGGGUAUCUGGAUGAAGAGAUAGUGUCUCUACACUCUGGGAUUGUGGAGUUGCAGAGGAGUCCUUUUGCCAGGAAACAAGGGGACGUGAUGGAACAGCUAGAGGAAAAGGCCAUUGAACUCUACAAGCAACUGAAAGCUAAAUGCAAAAGUCCUGACCCUCCACAUGGCUACAGUGACAGCUCGGACAUGGUGAAGACCAUCCUCCUAACAGUUCAGAACCAGGACAGGGUGCUGAAAGACUUGUACACUCACCUCAGCACUAUCCUGGUGUGUAAGCAGCGCAUCAUUGAUUUGUUCCCUAAGCUGGAGCGGGCGGUGGAGAACAUAAAAACCGCAGAGGCAGCCGUGAUGCAGAUGCAAAUGAAGCGGCAGAGAGAGUUCUGGUAUCUCCUCAAGAUCGCCUGUGCCCAGAGUAAUUCUCCAUCACAUUCGAUUACGCAGCGACCCACUGAAAGUGAAAGCGUUCAUCAAUUACUGGAUGAGAAUCAGCGUUAUCUGGGUCAGCUGACUUCUCUGCUGCAAGACGCCACUCAGGAGAUGGAGCCCAGUGUAAUGGAUCAGGACUGGAGCUGGACUCAGUACCGAGCAGUGGAAACACAACCUCCGAGGCUUUAGAAACUGACCAGAGACAUAUAGAGAUAUGUUAUACUACAAACAAGUGCCUAAUCAGAGUUACACCAUUUGAAAGCUCUGUGAUUCCAUACUGUGUCAUUUACAUACACGUGAUGCUGCGAGAAAAUACUGUGUGAAGCAGCAUGACGUGUUAAGCUAUCAAUGUAAUAACUUGAACUUAUAUUAUUAAAUUAAAAAAAAAAAAAAAGCUGUCACCAAAUUGUAUUUAUUGUACUGCUAAUAAAGGUUAGAGUAAAACGUUGCUGCUAACAAACUAUGCAUGAUGGAAUGUGAGUAAAUUUAAAAAUUGUAUCAUGUUUUGUCUUUGUUCCAACUGUUUAAAGUGUUAGUUGUUUCCAUUUUCAGUUUGUCCUUUCUCUUUAUGUGUUGAAAUGUUGAAGAUUGGAUUAGAUUGUGAAACUAUCUCACCCAGUGGAGCAGACAACUGUCUGCACACAUACAGGAAACUAUUUGUUUAUAAGACCCUGGGUUCAACAUUCUCCUGGGAGCUGCUGAAAUCCAAACAGAGAGACAAACAUGCGUAAAUUAAUAUGACACAAAACAAGAAGCCAAAAAACAAUGUCUCAGAAAGAAGGAGGAAGAUUUAAAUACAUGGUGAUUUGAGUUAUCUUCAUUCGUCAUUAUCCUCUCAUAUGUGUUCGAUUUGUUUGUAACUGUGAUGAGAUGUUUUUUCCAGAAUUAAACAACUAUCUGAACAAACCAUUAGUAAGGAGUCAAAAACAAGGAACUGAGUUGCUUGUGUCCCUGUGAGUGAAUCAGCCUGAAAAUAAAAGUGUACAUUAUUUUUAUUAAA